GACGGGGGCACCCGCGUGCUUCUAUUCGAAAAACGAACGGCGAUCGGACAUCCAAACCUCCUUGGUGUCAACGAAAAUAAAACGUCACUUUUUAGCGGGAAUGUGCUGUGAUUUUUAAUCUGUGACAAGUGUGUGAUGUGUCAAUGAUUAUAUCGGAUCUAGCAGAAUAACCCUCGCUCGACAUUCCCACGAUGUUCUAACAGUGAAUCAGUGUGUGUACAGUGAGUGUGUGAUGGUGUGACGUGUCAGUGUCAAAAUGGCGUCGUGGGCUGUCAUACUGUUGCUGGCUGUCGUCGGCUGUCAACGCGCUUUGGGAGAAAGAGACCACGCCUCGGCCAUAGUGGGCGAUACAGCCCGCCUGCGGUGCCGCAUCGAUGGCAAGUCCUGCGGGGAGAUGCACAGCAUCAAGUGGUACAAGGCUGAUGCGAGGGUGUACGUGUACUCUGCUUCGGGGGACGCACCUGUCAGCAGGCCCGAGGGAGAUAUGAUGGACAGGAUAUCGAUAUCGCACGUCCCUAACGCAACGUACGCGGAGCUGGUCAUCAACCACGUGAAGGCGGAGGACGAGGGCGUCUAUCGAUGCGAGAUCACCUACCUUCAUGUUGGCGAGGACUGCAAUACUGUCCAGGUCACCGACUUCCACACUUACAUAAAACCAAAGUCGGUGGAGGUGACAGUGGGUGACCGACAGCUGCAAGACGGGUCAGUCCUCCAGGACCUCUACGAGAGGGCCAAGGUUGAGGUCACGUGCACCGUGGUGGAAGGGAAACCGCAACCGGAGGUCGCCUGGUUCAAGAACGGGAAGAAGAUUGAUGCCCAAGAGAAGACCAACUCGACCACGGUGCAGCGCAUCGCGUCACUGACCAUAACGCGAGCGGAGCUGGGAGGCGAGCUCAAGUGUGUGGUGUCCUCCGCGGCGCUCGACGAGCCCAUCGUGAAGAAAAUCGCGCUGGAUGUUAAAGUGCCCCCCAACAAGACGUUCAUCAAAGGCGUCGGUGAGCACGCCACCCAAGGGACCCUUCUGACGCUGGUGUGCACCGCCUCCGGAGCCAGGCCUGCAGCGGAGAUUCAGUGGUUCAACGGGACCGACAAGAUGGACAGACAGCAGUACAACAUCAAUCAACGAGCAGUGGAAUUGAGCGACACGACCUUCGAGACCACAUCCAACUUGACCUUCGAGGCGACGAAGUACGAGAACCGGCAGAAGUUCCACUGUGAAGCCUCCAACGAGGUGACCGAAAGGACGCACGACCACCCCAUGCACGCUACUAGGGAGCUGGAGAUAUACUAUUCGCCCAUAGUACGAGUGGAGCCAAAAAACAUCACAGUGGUGGAAGGAAAGAAGGUGCUGCUGAAAUGCGACUAUGAAAGCAACCCUUCAUCCCUGAACACUGUCAUUUGGUACCGCAACGGCGAGCGAGUCUCCGUCAACGACACGAGCCACUACGACGGUGGCACCACCGACCAGCACUCGCUGAUCAUUCGCGAUGCACGAGGCGGGGACAUGGGCAACUACACCUGCCUCCUGGCUAACUCCGUGGGGAAUGGAUCGAGCCACGAGAGCAUACACGUCAACGUGCUGUACAAACCCCAAGUGCGUCUCACCAUGAGCUCCCAAAGCCCGAUCCUGGAGACGGACCACAAGAACGUGACGCUGACGUGCGAGGUGGAGACGGGCAACCCGCCGCUGCUGGACGAGGUCAUCUGGUACCUGGACGGGGAGGUGCUGAAACAUCUGCCCGAGUGCAACGGGACUGAUGGAGAUGAAAACCUGUGCAACGAAGUGGACCCCUCGAUGCUGCUCCUCCAAGACACCACGAAGAGCUUCCACGGGAACUACUCCUGCAAGGGCAAGAACUAUGCUGGCUGGGGCAACGAGAGCAGCAAGACCGAGCUGGUUGUUAACUACCCGCCCGGGCCGGCGAAGCUGACGUAUUCCCCGUGGCGAGUAGUGAAGGGAAAGAGCCUCGUACUGAGCUGCAGCAUCAAGGAGAAGGGGCGGCCGGAAGUUCAUAGGUUCCGUUGGCACCGUGGCGGCAGGCCUGUGCCCGACAUAGUUUCUCAGAACUGGACGAUCGAUCCGGUGACCUUAGACCACAGAACCACCUUCUCCUGUCGCGGGUCCAACGCAGGAGGGGAGGGGGAGCUGGCCUCUGUGGCUAUUGAUGUUUUAGCUCCACCAAGCUUCAAGUACGCAAUGAACCAUUACAGCGGGGCAUUGUACAAAUCACAGAAUAUAUCCCUCUCCUGCACCGUAGAAUGUGCGCCGCUCUGCAGCGUGCAGUGGCUCAAAGACGGGCAGGUCAUAGAUGAGAAGAACGACCGCUACUACGUGGUCACCAGGAAGAUUGAGCCGCAAGUCAAUAGGAACGAUUUUGAGGCUACGGAGUCUACUUUGCACUGGAACAUGUCAGCGUGGCCAGGGCGCGUGCUGGACCGGGCGGCCGACACCGCGCGCUAUACUUGCCGCUCGUCCCGCAACGACGCCGGGCCGCCCGUCAAUAGCACCACCAAGUUUGCUGUCGAAUAUGAACCAGAAAACAUUACAGUUUCGCCGAAGGUUGUGUCGGUCAUCGAAAACGAGAUACCAGCUAAAGUCGUCUGCUCUGCGAGAGGAUUCCCCAUGCCAAGCUUCUCGUGGCGGCGGGAGCACUCCAGCAAGAGUGCUGCGAGGGACCACACCAACAACUCGCUCAUACUAUCCUCCUCUAACACCCUCCUGCUAGGCCCCGUGCAGAGGAAGGACGGCGGCCAUUACGUCUGCGAGGCGUAUAACAGACACGGAUCAGUCAAUACCACUGUGUUUUUGGAUGUUAUGUAUGUUCCUGCAUGUGGAAUUAAGAAAACUACAAUCAAUGGCGACCCAGUUUUGGUUUGCACGGCACAUGCUAAUCCAUCAGAGGUCUCAUUCGUUUGGAAACUGGAAAACGACAACGACAGUCUGACGUACGAGGAGAUACGUCAGUCAGGCUCCCAGAGCUUCCUCAAGCUAAGCACCAGCGUCGACGUCUACAGGACGUAUCUGUGCUACGCUAACAACACCGUCGGCAUGACGAGAUGCGAGAUGGACGUGCCAGGCAUCGUCCCGUGGUGGCGCGACCAACACAAGCUGAUCCUGAUCGGAGGCAUCGCGCUGGCCGUGCUCGUGAUCACCGUGAUCCUGUGCAUCAUCAUCAUCUGCGUCUGCCGGCGGAUGCGAGCCAAAUCUAAAUACAAUAACCCGGUGGAACUCGAAGAGAGGGAAAAUCCGGAUGGUAGCUGUAUAAACGAGGUGUCGAUAGCUCAGUCAAUUAUAUCACAAGCUUUGCCUGCUUUAUCACCACGAUUAAACCUAUCGUUCAGUCCCAAGUCUUCAGACAGGACUAGAUUAGUCGACUCCAGCUACCCACACAGCCUAGAAAUGAAUAAAUUCAAAGAACAACCGGUAACAAGCAGCUUGCAAGCAAACCUAUCACAACUGGAAGCCACUAUAAAAUCCAGUGAAGAAAAUGAAACUGCACAAACUCCCAAAACUGAACCAAAAGCUGAUGGAAAUAAAGCACAAACUGUAGUGACGCCUAGCAAAUGGCCUGUGAAGCCUGGAGUUCUGGUUCAUGUAAAUUCAAACCACACGCUUAGCCCUAAAAAUCAAGCUAGACUGCAAACUGUAAAUAACAAUAAUAAUAAUCAAAAUAAGGAUGCUGAAGAAGCUAAUUUGGGACUUCUUGAAAGGAAAAAUACUAAAGAAGAAGAAAAGACACCGCCUAAAUCGGAGUAUUCAAAGAAAAAUGUGGUAUCAUUUAAAAGGCCUGACCGAAUUGCAACAAGUGCUAGAAUAAAACCUUUUAACGAUCAAACGCCUUCGAAGAAUACUAGGAAGCGAAAAAAACCGGGCGACGACAGCCCACCUACGAAUGGCGUAGAUAAUGCUGUGAACGGAACCCUUGGAGCGGACAACCCGGGACUCUACGAGAACCUGCCGUUCCAUGGCCUACAGCAACCUCCAAAUAAGCCCGUACAAGCGAUACAGCCGAGGGUCAUCGACAUGAACCAAAGAACUGCGAAAGGAAUCGAAUCUCUGCAAAAACAACUGACGACUAACCCCUCAUUCACGCCAAGACUGGUCUGCCCCCCGUUUAUGCAGAACUCAAUGCCGUAUCCCAUGACAUCUCCUUCGAACUCGCAAUACCCAGCAUUUGGCAUACCAGUAUUGUCACCUAUACAGCAAAUGUACCCCCUACAUCAAACUGUAUUACUGAACCCAUACCUGCCUCCGAUGCAAACGUCAUUUCUAAAGCAAUUUCCGACGAUUGAUGAAGAAAUUUCCGAUGGAGAUAACACUAGGAAGUUUUCCUCAUUGAAUACUAGAAAUAUUCAUAGAAAACCGCCCCAAUUUCAAUCUAUGAGAGUCGUCAGGAAACGUAAUAUUGAACGGUUUUAUCCUAACACAGAAUAUGGAGAGAAUUUCACUGAAAUUAACAAUAACAAAGAUAGUCAAGGUGAUUCAGAUAAUGAUAAUAUAGUUUUUAACCAAGACAUAAUUUACGCUAACUUUCCUUCACUAUUGAAGAUCAAAUCAAAUGUAAAUGGGGUUGAGCAAUUCGAAAAUUUGACUGACUCUAUACAAGUGUGCGAAGAAAGCAAAGAACAGAUGAAUCUAUCUACGAAUUCAUUGAAUAGACCAGUACCGGCGCCUAGAACGAAAAUAUCUCCAUUAAGCUCCCCAGCCAAAUCUGAUCACGUAUACGUCAAUCUAUCAAUGCCACUAAUAAGCACAAAGUUCUCAAGGUCCUUCGAUACAGUUGACGCCCCAGUCAGGUCUUCUAAAUCCGCUGAAGACAUUUCAAAACUUAAACCUCCUAGAAAAGACAAAAAAAUAGCAGAAUCAAGACUGAACAAAAGUGAUGUUGAUAAGAAACUUGAAGACGAUAGUGAUGAAGAGAAAGAUGAUGAAAAACCAGACUUUAUCAAACCAAAUAUAAUCGGUGCUACUCCUAAGAGGAAUUUGUCGAUAACUCUGCCAUCGACUUCGUUAGUAAAAUCAGUAGUUAGUCAAUUGAAUGAUCAAGCUGGUAUAAACAAAGUGGGGUUGCCAAAGAAGCAAGUGAUAGCGCCAAAUAAGACUUUACAAAUACCAAAACUGGCGGAAAAGCCUAUACCAAAGAGGUCGAUCGUGCGACGCAGCAAUUCAGUACAAAGUGCUUUAACUGGUUUAGAAAACGGUCAGAAUACUAACAUACUACAACAGCAGUACAUGCAAAAACGCAACCAUUUUACUAACCUAAGCUCGAAAGGAAAAAAUAAGAAAAACUUCCAAAUACCACUUCAGAAGCAUCACAGUUUUUGUUACUUUCAGCCUAUAAGAGUAGAUAAGAGAAUCCCUGUAGACCAGGAGAGGUCGUACAAUAACACGAUAGGACCACUGAUAUACCAACAGCCUGCAGACACUCAGUACUACACCAAAACAUUGAACAGAAGUAGAGAGAAGAACAACCAGAAACUGAAUCGUCUAAAAAAAUCAGAGAGCCUCAGAGAAAAACUGUCCUGUGUUGGUGUUUAUGAUAACUACGAGAAACCGGACUACCCAGAGCCGGAGUACAAUGAAUCAGAGAGAAGAUCGUAUUUGCAACUCCUCAAAGGCAACUACAUAUCAAAUUCCACUAGAAACCUAGGUCCUGAGCACAAUUUCAGUCCGAACUACAACACAGUCGGUCCUAAGGAAGACAAACCUAAACAUAAGAAAUUAGUAUAUGCAGAUUUAGCUUUAGGCAACCAUAAUUUGAAGUUUAAGAACACAGUCAAUUCUAAUAGACAUUUAUAUGAUACGUACACUAUAGGUAGCGAUAGCUGUAGCAAAGAAACUAACAGUAGUUAUAAGGGUAGCGCGUCCAAUCAAAGAAAGGGGAACCACAGUCAGCAGAGGAGUGACUACGCCACACUCAAAUUCAACGAGAUCGAUGUCUGAGAGCCCUUCAGACCCGACGACCAGUUCAUAUACGCCGAUGCCGACAUGAAAGACUACGGGCCGAUCAACUACAAAGCCGCUUCCAUCUACG